UCGAGGAUAGACGAGAUUAUAUGGAGCCAAAAACAGCCACACAAGGUCAAGAAGAAUCAGUCGUCAAUUGAUGAAUAGCCAAGUCUCAAGCGCAAGUUGAGAAAUGCAGGAUAAUAACAGCGAUAUUUAUGGCCAACUGGGUAAAUUGUGUGACAAUUUGUACCGCAAGUACCAGCCGUACAACGACGAGGACUAUUCGUCAACUUACCUCCUCCAGCAGGAUAAUAAAAAGCAACUCAGGAGAUUGAGAACUAAAGCUUACGAGAUUUUGUUGAACAAGAGCAGUCAGGAUUAUUGUGAGUAUCAUAACCGGGAACCAUGCGAUCCGAUAAUGGGCCUGCUCAAAUUUGCUUAUGUUUUGAAAGUUGGUGCUGGUCGUGUCUCACAGGCAGCAGAAUUGAACAGGUACCUAAGUGAAUUUAUCGAGGAGAAAUUGGAUCAGGACUCUACUACCUAUUUGACCUUGCAGUUUCUCAAUUGCUUGAAAUCUCUUGAUUUUGAAGAAGAAGAUUCUUCUUUAGAUGUGUUUUAUUAUGACAAGCCACAUCCUCAGUUGCCUGAAAUGUUAUGUGAUCAAGAUGAUUUGACACCUUUUCAAGUGUAUCCCAUCGAAUCCUUUUACUUGCCAAACAAAUUUGAAAAAGCAUUUCGAAAGGAACAAUCUGAGGUUAUCAGGUACAAUGCUACUAAGCCUGGUAGUAGAUUUGCUUUAUUGGAUAAAUUUACAUCUAAUAGAGAUCAACAUUUUCAACCUAAGCAUGGGAGCAGUGACAUAAUGUUAACUAAUGUACCGUACCAUACAAAUAGUUUACCUAAUGAGAUGAACUUAGCUUUAAGUUCCUAUUUUGUACCCCAAAUCAAAGAUACAGAAAGCACAGAGGAAAGAUUUCAAUCGAGCAAAGAAGUUAUUGUAACCUAUCCAGAAUCUCCAUGGCAGCAGCUAGAUUCUACACAAUGGUUUGCACAGAAUAGCAUAAAUUAUCAAGACAAUCAAAUUAGAAAUUAUGAGAUUGAAGAUAACAAGAUAGAGGAGCAAACUAUUCAUUUGGAUGAAAUCUGGGAAGAAAUGGAUAAAGAAUCACUUCCUCUCAAUCACAGAACUUGGGAAACAUUGGGACUGUUUCAUUCUCAGAAAGAGCCUCCAUUUGCUUCAGAAUCCAUUAAUGUUACUGAACAUUUAAUAAAUGUUGCACAAGAUAAUAUUAUUAUACCAGGAGAGACUUCAUUAAUGCAGUUGAGAAAUGAAAUAACAAUCAAAGCAUUUAUAGCUGAUGCCAUACUUUUGUUGCUUGGUAUUGAGUCAAAUACUUUUGUGCACAGUACAAUAAUUGGAUUUGAAUUGAAAAAGAAUAUAUUUAUUCAUGGAAUACACUGCAUAACUCUUGAAAAUCUAUGUCAAGAUAUCAUUCGUUGGGGAACCUGCUUUAGAAAUUUAUCAGAUAUGAUUGUUCCUGAUCCUCAAACAGGAAAGUUACAAGUUGAUGGACUGAUAUUUGAGGCAUUAUGUAACAGCGUAAAAGAAUUUCUCUUAUUCUACCACGCUGCCAUACUCAGAGUUUCCAAAAUCAAAUACGAAGACGUUGGCAUACUGCAAUUUCUCCAUAAAAUCUCACCCCUUGGCAAUCUAAUCUUACAAGUAGCUGAACUUUGCCGCUGUGACUCUCAAAGAACUACGUCUCUCGGCAGAGGCAUCGGUAUUCUCACGCAUAUCUAUAAAGAAGUUACCAAAGUCACACAGAAAAACGUUGCUUUGGUUUUUUAUUCAAUUUUAAAAGAUUGCUGUGAAGUGUACUUUAGAUUUCUACAACAAUGGAUAUUCGAAGGUUCUUGCUUUGACAUUUACGAGGAAUUCAUGAUCAGAAUAAAGCCUCAGUACUUACGAAUUCGCGGUCAUCGCUUUUGGACGCAAAGUUUCCGUAUCAACCACAGUUCAGUUCCUGGAUUCUUGUCAGACCUCACCGACACAAUACUCCAGUGUGGAAAAGCUGUCGCUCUAUUAAAAAUAUGCAAUCCUCAACAUCCACUAUGUCAAGCAUCAGCUUCUUGUCAACCACCAAUCCGUGUAUGUUUAAGCGUUAACAUGCUGAGAGAACAAAUGAAAUUUUACGAGGAUUACAGAGAUAAAGGGAAGAUAGAACAAGACGAUGAGUAUUCGUUAUACACUGCGAUUCAUGAACAGAAAGAAUCUGAAAAGAAACGAGCUGAACUUGUAAUUACCGCACAACAAAAUACUUUGCAGAGGCUUAAAAAAGAAAGAGAAGAUGCUUUGACUAAACGAGCUGAAGAAAAGAAUAAGCUUUUGAAACAGCUUAAAGAUCAAGUUGAGCAGGCAGCAUUGAGAAAGGAGAAAAAUCGAGAAUCAGAAUUAAUCGCUGAUAAACUUUUGCUAGAUGAGAUUUUAAAGCAAGAGGAAGAAGCGAAGAUCGCUGAACGAGUAGAAAGAGAAAAUACUAUUAAGUACUACAACGAUCUAGCAGAAGAAGCCGAAAGACGUCGCAUUCAUGCUGAAUGGCGAAUACGUCGAAUGAAACUAUUUGACGAGAGAGUUACUGCAAUCGCGAGUUCCCGUCGAGAAUUUAUCAAUACUCCAGAUGAGUCUAAAUCGCCUAACAAAUUCCCGCAGAGUAUUGUAGAAUCAAAAAUUGAGCAGUUAGUUGAAAAAACAAACUCGACAGUGCAGGAAAAUGAUAAUGUUGUUGCAAUGGAAACUUCUGUUCAGGAAGUUGUACCUAGUGAUGAGAAUAGUAAUCUGAAAUCUGCAGAAGAAAAACCAGCAUCAACAGUCGAGACCAAACCCAUUGGCGAACUUGACGAGCAAAAUAAAAAUAUAACUGUACCGAUCAAACGAGCAGUUCGUCCUACUGUUCUCGAUCUCACAAAUGUCAACGACAGGCUGGAUGGUCUUUUGAGUCUUCGAGAAACCGACAACAUGAUAGCAGCGCAACGUAAUAAACUCAAAGUUCUGCAACAAGAGUAUGGUAUUACGCCAAACAACAAUGAGUCAGCAGCGAUUCUUUUAACAAUGGAGAAAUCGUUACAAACUGAACUUCAAGAAAAUCGUUUGCGAAAUACUCAACACAUUGCUUGGGAUGUCGGCGAAACAACAAAACGAGAAACGUUGAAUGAGAUGACGGAAAUACAUACAAAUAGGUUGAAAAACACACAGCAUCUUAAUUGGAAUUAUCCUGAAGUGACGAGUAUUUCACCUAAAGAACAUGUUUUAACGGCAGCGGAGAUUAAUAGAAAUAAAGUCAUGUCUCACUUUUACAACCGUCCGGAAGACGCUCAAGAGAAUAGUCAGAAGAAUGAUAAAUUAACAGAGUGUCAAAAAAAUAGAAACAAGAAUAUGGCACAUAGUAUAGAGCAUUUCACAUUCGAUAAUGGUAGGGAACAAGAUAAUCAUUUUAAAGAAACGCCUAUGUCAACAAACACCGAUCAAUUCACUGUUAGUAGUUCGAUGCCUGCGCCGAGUUUUGGUGAUACGCCAUUUUCCGAAAUUACGAAUAACAGUGAUAUGCUUUUCGCAAGAUCUUCGUCGGAUAAUAUUUCCUCCGAUGGUGCAUCGACCCAUGGUCGUAGUGGUGUGAAACAUUUCCAAGAUACACCGGCGUUACCCAAUUUUAUUGGGUUUGGAUCUUUACCUAACACACCGUCUACAGAAAGUCAGCAAUUAACGGUUGCCGAUGUUGAGAUGAUCGAUGCUACGUCAUUACAGGUAUUUUUGGAAAAGUCGGUUAUUGUACCACUCACCGUACAGAGUUAUCUUGUGAACAACGCGUUGAUUAAAUAUUUACUGAACGAGCAUAAUAUGCUAUCUCAUCUACAUAGUUUACGAAGUUUUUUCUUCUUGUUGAAUGGAGAAUUCACGAAAACUUUAUCUUAUUCGUUGUUUACGAGAUUAUAUCAAAUUUCUCAACCUGCUGAACUUUUCAACUCAUCCACACUGUCGAAUUUUUUGGAGAAAGCUCUUGUUAGUUCACUUAGUGGCACCUACGCUAAUUCAGAAUUACUUAGUUUGUCCGCUACUGAAGUUCCAACUUAUUUACAGACAUCAAAUCCUGAAAUAUUAAGUUGCCUAUCGUUAAACUACAAAAUUUCAUGGCCUUUAAACAUUAUAUUCAAUGAAAUAGUAAUGCAACAGUAUAGUCGAGUAUUUAAAUUCCUUCUCAUGGUUGGUCGCGUUUUGUGGGUCCUUCAAGAAGACUUUCAUAUCCUGAAAAUGGAAAGAAAAGCUUCCAUAACAAAAAAUCACCACAAGUUACAAUUGUACCGACACUCAAUGAUGCAAUUUAUGAACGCACUACAUACUUAUUUGACUUGCAGUGUAUUGCAUGCGAGUUGGUCGGAGUUUGAGAAGGAGCUCGAGAACGCAAAGACCAUUGACGAAGUUUAUGACACACAUGUCAGUUAUAUAAAAAAGAUUUUAUCGAGAUGUAUGCUAAAUGUCCGUGGCGAAAAGAUGCGAACCUGCCUGACAAACAUUUUCAAAGUAGUGUUGAAAUUUCACAAUCGCAUACGUGCUCAAAACUGGAACGAUCCACGUUCGUUGGGACCAAACUACGAGAAUAUCGAGAAGAUGUAUGUGGCGUUUUGCGAGCAGAGAGCUUACUUGGCACACGUUGCUGAUAAACUUGCGAAUAGCGGUUAUCAGCCACAUCUAAUGCAGUUCCUCCAUGCACUCAAUAUUAAUCAGCAUUAUGAUCUUACGGCCGUCAUCCGAAAGUAGAUAUUUUACCCGAAUGUAAAUAUAAUUUAAAAAAGCCUAGUGUAAAUAACGUAUUUUUGUUUCUUUACACUCGAGGAUAUAUAAUUUUAACUGUUUUUUUUCAAAAGCUUGUUACAUUAUUGUUAUUAAUCACUCAAAGUGCCAUUGUUUCUAUUUUUGAAACAUCUAGUAUUUAUUUUUAACAAUGUAUAUAGUACAAACUAAUGUUUUUACAAUGUUCUUGUAGUUGUAAUUUAAUUCGUCGUUUGAUUUACACGCUGCGUUUUCAUUUGUUUCAUUUAGUCUAAAUUCAUCGUUAUGAAAUGAAAAUAUCCAAAAGAUGUCACCUUUAAAAUUUAUUUAUACUAUUUUCAACUUGAAUCAAAAUAAAUGCUCACGUUACAAUUAAUCAAUAUUAUUUUUCUCCAUUAUUAAAAAAAUUGAAAGUUUCCCGUUAACAAAAAAAAUCAGUCAAUAAAUCUUGACACUCUCUUUUUAAACUGAAUUAAGCAUUUCAGGUAGCAUCGAUUGUAAACCUAUAGAGAAACUAUUGCCAUUAUCUGGUAGGAAUUUUAUACAUUUUACAGUUAAUUAAAUACAUUCGAAGGAAUUUAAUUUUUACAGAUAGGAAAUACGGAAUUUUGAGAACCAAAUGUCUUUUUCGUCUGCUAGGCAGUUAGUUACUAUCAGAAAAACUGUGAAGCGCCUAAAUAUCGUGUAUUGGCAAAAAGCAUAAUACCAUAUACUAAAUAUAUAAAACAGUGGUGGGUGGAGCAAAUAAAAUUCUUACAGUAUUCACAUUAUAAAGAUAAUGAGAAUUCAUUUAUUUGUUUGAAUUAUAUUAAAUGUUUAAUGUGUAUUUAUUGCAAUUUAUUUUAGAAGUUUAUAAAAAUGAUGUAUGUAUCCAGAAGAGGAUAUAAUUGUUAUGACCUGACACAGUUAUUUGAGUAUGUCAAUUGAUUACACUUCUGUUAAAAGCAUAUGAUGCAACAUAUGCAACAGUUACUAGUCUUUCUUUACAUUAAGUAAUUUUCUAAUUGACUAAAAUAUUGUUAUUAAAAUAGGGUAUAUAUCUGCAAUGGUUGAUCAGAGUUACAUCUUUCUAGAGUAGGACUCAUAUUUACAAGGCUAGCCAAAAAGUCUAGAAGAUCGUCACUGUAAUUAUGUGAAUAUAUCCUUCAGAGAUGCAACAAGGAAAUGGUUAUAAUAUAAAUAAUUAUCUGGUAGUUCCAUCUCAUAAAACCGAUAUAUACUACAUGAACAUCAGAGAAAGAUAAUAAUACUGAUCUAAAGACUAAUUCAAAAAGUAGUUACAUACUAGUAGGAUGUAUUGAAAGACUAGUAACUUUUGCAUCAUAUGCUUUUAAUAGAAGUGUAGUCAAUUGAUAUGUGUCAAUCCAUACCCAAAUAACUGUGUCAGGUCAAAAACUGUCAUAACAAUUAUAUCCUUUUCACUAUGAUACACUAUUUUUGUAAACUUUCAAAAUAAAUAUCAUUAAAUAUUCUUUGAACAUUUAAUAUAAUUCAAAAGAAUAAUUUUGUCGGUAUGUAGAUACUCCACAAUUGCAGAUGAUAACUAACUGCAUAGCAGACGAAAAAGACGCUUUUAGUUCUCAAAGUUCUAUGUUUCUUAUCUGAAUGAUUAAUUUUUGUCGGGUGUUUAUUUAUAUAUAUAAACACCCGACAUUAUGUGUGUGAUGCGUGUGCGUGUGUAUGCGCGCGCGCGCGCGUGUGUGUGAAUGUACAUUAUGCUUCGUCAUGGCUCUACUCUCGAGGAGGCGUUGCAAAACUUAAAAAUUUUGCGGUCUGAAGUAAUCUGCGAAUCGCAUUCAUUACGUGUACUGCUCAUUUCUCGCAGAUUGUGCGAUAUGCCAUAGUUGUAUAGUAGUCCUCGUCUAGGCUGCAGCUUGAUCGUCGAUUCGGCGUUUGUCAGUCGUCAGGGUGCAUUUAACCUCCAAGGAUAUCACCGGCUCUACGGCCGCCCUUCGUACUUUUGCUUGCUUUUAACACAAUUAUGCCGUGGGCUGCGUAAUAAUAGGAGAGAGAGAGAGAGAAAAAGACGCACAUAUUUUCCAUCGCUUAUCAUAAUUUGUUUGAAAAUCAUUAAACGAUG